CUGAAGCAACUGGUCCUCCCUUGAGAUGCGGAUUUCGACCGAGGUCACUACGGUAGCUCGAGGAAAUAAGAACGGUUGUCUUACGUGAACAACGGUUGUCUUACGUGAACACCGGUUGAGGUCUUGUUCGAACUUUAAAUUGUAAAAGGAAUGGCUAGUUAUAGCUAUCUAAGUUUGUGUGUUGCUGUAGCUAACCGUUAGCUAACUGGUGAGAGUGAUCUGCUGUGUUAACUUCAUGCUGCUUGUUUGAUAAGUAUCACCCCAUUACAUCUCAACCUCCUGCAUGACUCCCACAUAAUCAUCUGGCCCUCAGUCCAACUGCAUGCGUCCUCCCCUGGCCUGAACUGAAUGUGCCUCCACUAAACUGCAUGCGCUCUCCCCUGAACUGAACUGAGUGGGCCUCCCCUCGCCGUGCCUGCUUUGCUGUGAGUGCUUCACUGACCAUGGGGAAGGACAGGGGGGGUAAUGCUCUGGUUCUGUCGUCGAAGAGGCCGUGCCACGGGAGGGGGGACCACGGUCGCGACCUGGAGAAGCUGCGUUCGGCCCUGGAGGCAGAGAAGAGCCGUAACCAUCAGACUCACCAGAGGUUCUCUCUGGAGCUGCGUCAGCUCCGCGAGGAGGCUGAGAGGGAGCAGCAGCGGGCCCUGAGGGAGCUGACGGCCAGGCACGAGCGACAGAAGGCCCUGGAACUCCAGCGGCUACAGGAGGUGCUGAGGAGGGAGCAGGCUGCUGAGGUGAGACGCCUGCUGAGAUACAAAGGACAGGAGUUGAAGGCAGUAGGCACCAGGCUGGAGAGGGAGGCCACCAUCAGGCAGGCCAGGGAACUGCAGCGCCGGCUGGUUGAGGAGGCCAACACAACCAUCACCAAGUCUGGGCGGGAGAGCAGGGGGAAGAACAUAGGCAGAGAGCCUGGUUGUGUGGGAAGUGGAGCCAGCUACCGAAAGCUGGAGCAGCUGCUGUUGAGGCUGCAUGAGCAGGAUGGAGAUGGAGAGCAGGCUGUGUUCCUCCAGCAUCUCAGAAAGGAACUGGACCUGGAGAAGGACCUCUGCCACCUGCUCGAGGUCCACGGACAUGGACGACGACUAGGGACCAGGGAGGUGAAGGAGAGGAACCAGAGCUCCUCCAGGGCUCCCAAAACCAGGCACAGUUCUAAGAGAUUUGUCCAUCUCCUCAGCAGCACCACCCAUGACCAGGAAGACCGUCCUGAAGACUCCCAUCUCAGUGGGCCUCCACCACUGGCCCGCUCCAGGUCCCUUUCCCAGAGCUCCAAGAGUCCCUCGUCCCCUCCACCCAAGAAGAGAACCAGGAGAGAGCACUUGAACUUGGCUUCAGGUAGGAACCUCAGUGCAGCUGCCCGCUGCUCCUCUCCCCUGGCUGGGGACACCUGUCGAAGCACCAGCCACCCUCAGACCACAUCGUCACCCCAUGCAGGCUGGGACCUCCAGUUUGAGUCCCCUGGGUCAGACAAAUCCUCGCCCUCCAAAUAUUCUGACAAAGACAACAUGGAGGACAACAUGGAGAAUGGCACUGACUAUGGGUUCUUGGUGCAUCAGAACUCUGAGCUGCUGCGAGCUCUGGAUGAGAUGGAGAAGACCUGCACCAACCUGAGAGAGGAGAACGACCUGCUGAGGAAGAGCAGCGGCCCAGAGACUGAGGAGAAGGUGAGGCGUCUGAGGAGGAAGAACACAGAGCUGGCUGUCAUCGCUAAGAGACUGGAGGACAGGGCACACAAACUACAGGAGGCCAACCUCAAAGUGGUGAACGCCCCAGCUCCGGUGCGGCCGGGGGCAGUGGAGCAGUACAAGAGGGCGUUUGCCCGUCAGCGAGCUCGUGACCUGGCGCAGCAUGCAGAUACACUGCUCUACAAGGACAAGGAGAUCGCCGCCCUGCAGCAUGAGUGUAGGCAGCUGGAGACCCGUCUGGGCACGGCCAAGGGCUCCCCGGUCCCGUCGGGCGUGGUAGAGUUUGAGAGGCUGCUGAGGGAGUCCCAGAAGGAGGUGCUGAGGCUACAGAGACAACUGUCAGUCUCCUCCUCCAGAGUCACCUCCUCUAAGGAGACCUCCUGCAGGGAGCACAACGGCCACGACAGGCCCUGCACACCAGAGGAGGAGAGGGAAGAGAAUGUUGCAGCAGAGACCCCGUGCGUGGUGUUAGAUGAGGCUCCAGCCAGGUGUGAGGAGGCUCCCAGAGAGGAGGAGGAGUCAGGGCCGCAAGUGACCCCACCCCCGCUGGGCCUCUGCCCCGCCCCCACCACUAGCCUCUCACACCAGGAGGAGCACACAGAGGAGCAGCGACUACAGUUACUGGAACGCGAGCUGAGUAAGAAGCGAAAAGAAUGUGAAAACCUCCAGCAUGACGUAAGGAAGAGACAGAAGAAAUGUCUGGAUUUGGAGAGCCUGCUUGAGGAUGAGCAGGGCAAAAAUGAGCGACUAGAGGAGGAGGCAGAUCUCCUCAGGAGGAAGGCACAGCUGCUCAACCAGGCCCGGGUUGAGAAUGAGGAGCUGAGGGAAGACCUCUCUGAAGUGACCGCUCAACGUGAUUCAGUUCUCGAGGAGAACCAGAGCCUCCGUGCCAAACUGGAGAACCUAGAGCAGGUCCUAAAGCAUAUGCGAGAGGUCGCCGAGCGAAGGCAGCAGCUGGAACUGGAACAUGAGCAGGCACAGGCUAUCCUCAAGUUCAAACAGGAUGAGAUCAAACGGCUACAGCGGGCUGAGUUUUUUGCCAAGAGGGAGCAUGAGGGGGUGGUACAGAUGCUGGAGGACUUGAUCCAGCUUGUGUUGCAGAGGGAGCUGUCUAAGGUGCGGGAGUUGGAGGAUAAGUGUCGCAGCCAGAGUGAACAGUUCGGCCUGCUCAGCCAUGAGCUGGAGACCUUCCGACUGCAGGCCGGCAAACUGGACCUGGCCGGCUCCGCUCUCCUCACUAACCCUGCCCUCUGCCAUCUGACCAACGGUGUGGGCCUCACCGGAGAUGUGGCAGCAACUCUCCGGAUGGGGGCCACCCCUUACGCUGCAGGUCUCACACGUUCCCCCACCACUAAGCACCGUGAGCUACCCACCAUCAGCCUGACCAAGACCUCCAGCGCCCCCAAGUCUGUCUCUGACACCACCCACCUCUCCCCCAAGUCCGCCGAGUCCCACCACAGCCCCCAUCACAGCCCACGCAGGACUAGCCCCACGCCACACGAGGUUGACACGGCCAGUGAAGUGGAGGAGUUGGACAUUGAUGUGUCCCCAGCACCUUACACCACUCCCAGAGGAGCCGCCAAGCUACAGGUCUUCAUCGCCAGAUACAGCUAUAACCCCUAUGAUGGUCCAAAUGAUAACCCAGAGGUGGAGCUACCACUCACCGCUGGGGAGUACAUCUAUGUGUAUGGCGGUAUGGAUGACGACGGCUUCUAUGAAGGAGAGCUGAUGGACGGGCGGAGAGGGCUGGUCCCCUCCAACUUUGUGGAGCGCGUCUCAGACGACGACAUGAUGAGCGCCCACGUUGCAGAGGGCACUGACAUAUCCCACAACUCCUUGCUGGACAGCAGCCUGCACAGAGCCAGCCACCAGCACCACCUCCGCCUGGGGGGCCCAAGUACCUCUGAGAGGACCGACCCUACGUCUGCAGCCUCCGCCUCAGGUCCUCUCUCCGUCUCUUUCCCCUCAGGGGAGCAGGUCCUGGCUCCCUCCGACCCCUCCCUCCGACCCCUCCUCUCCCCAGCCCCCCUCACCAACGGCCUGGACCUAGACCUGGAGGUGGGGGUGGACACUGUGCCUUACCCGCGCAAGCUCACCCUCAUCAAGCAGUUGGCCAAGAGCAUCAUCAUCGGCUGGGAUGGGCCGCUGGUGCCGGCGGGCUGGGGCAACGUGUGGAGCUACAAUGUGUACGUGGACCAGGAGCUGAGGCUCAACGUGCCCUUCGGCUCCCAGACUAAAGCUGUCCUAGAGAGACUAGACGUCAAUCUCAAGGCCUACCGGGUGUCUGUACAGAGCCUGACGGAGCGCGGCAGCUCGGACCAGCUCCGUUGCUCCAUGCUGGUGGGCAGGGAUGUAUGUGUGGCGCCCACCCAGCUCAGAGUCGACCGGGUCACCGCCACCUCGGCCAGCCUGGCCUGGCUGCCCAGCAACAGUAACUAUGUGCACAUUGUGUCCUUGAACGAGGAGGAGAUGGAGCUGGUGAAGGCUGGCAGCUACUCGCUGUGCCUCAGUAACCUUACGCCCAGCCUGCACUACACAGUCAAAGUGGAGGCUCGGCCGCACCAAACCCCCUGGGAGCUGCCCCUGGAGAGACGGGAACACAAGACUGCCACAACUACCUUUACCAUGCUGGCCGCAGGCCCCCCUGAUGCUCCUCUGGACGUGCAGCUGGAGCAGGGGCCCUCCCCGGGCAUCGCCCUCAUCAGCUGGCUGCCUGUCACCAUCGAUGCUGCUGGGACCUCCAACGGAGUCCGCGUCACCGGAUACACCAUCUACGCUGACAAGAAAAAGGUGUUGGAGGUGUCAUCCCCUACGGCAGGCAGUGCCCUGAUGGGUCCGUCUCAAAUCCAGUCCCUUACGGCGGCCCACCAGCUCACCGUGCGCACCAUGUCCGCCCACGGCGAGUCCACCGACUCUGUGCCAGUCAACGUGCCCGCCAAGCUAGCCGCCAUCAUGACGGGCAAGGCCUCGGCUACCUCCGCCCCUUGCUGCUCGUCACCCCCCGUCGACCAGUCAACCCCAGUGCACCAGUCGCCCUCCAUUCACCAGUCACCACCCUACCAGUCACCCCCUGUCCACCAGUCGCCACCCGUCCACCAGUCACCCCCCUUCCUGUCUUCGUCACCACCCGUCCAGCCCCAAUCCCCAUCCUAUGGGAACUCAGCUGCCAAAGUCUCCACGCUACCCUACGCCAUGGCCUCGCCGCCGCUAGAUGCACACACCAUGGUCCCCAACGGGGGGCUGCCCUCUGCCAACUCUCCCCCAGUCCACACCCUCCACACAGAGGCCUCCUCGCCGCGCCCUGCCUCAUACGCGGAGGCCUGGGCCAACCCCUUAGCAAAGUCUCCUGCCCCCCCUCAGGACGCCUUGGCAGUGCAUGAGGCCACCAUGUCACCUCCAGUAGCACCAAACUAUCAGGCCAAGUUGCCAUCAGUACCGUCAGCCUAUGAGGCUAUGACGUCACCACCAAUACAACCAGCCUAUCAGGCCAUGCUACCACCAGCCUCUCACAUCAACACAACGGUCAAUGCAGCCCUGCCCCCCACCCAGAGUCCAGUCCCAGGCCCAGUCCCAGCAGCAGCCAUGGAGCAGAGCAGAGCAGUCACAGAAAGCCCCGGAGCUCCCCGUCCCGGCAUGUCCAUCACAGACUUUCUCCCCGUGGAGGACUACUCCCGUGCAAACCUUUCAACCCCUGAGCCCUGCCCUACCUCACCCCAGGACAGACACUCUCUCCGGCCCCCCAAAGCCCCCUCUCCCCUGGAGUCAGAACCAGACUACUCCAUGGAGAGGUCGACCACACGCCUGGUGUCCAUGGAGGAGUUCCUCAGGCAGGAGCAGGACCCAGGCUUCAGCAGGCAGCCACAGGGUUAUGCUGGUGGCCUGGUGGAGCCUCCGUACCGUGCAGCAGAGAGCAAUAGGGGCUCGGACCUGUCGGAUAUCCUGGAGGAAGAGGAGGAAAUGUACUCAGACCCCCCUGGACCCACCCUGGCCCGGGGGUACACCACAGGAGCCGACAGGGAGCCUGGCAGAGACCCGUCGAUGGAGGCUGGUGCUGGGUGGAGCGGACAGGAUGAGCUCUCUCCUAAGCUGACCAGGGUAGAGGCCAGGCAGCAGCUCAAUGAGAGCAUGGAGCCUGCACGGCCUAUAGGAGACAACGAGGUGCGUAUCUUUGUGGCGCUGUUCCCCUACGACCCGGUCAACAUGUCCCCGAACCCUGACGCCGCUGAGGAGGAACUGCCCUUCAGAGAGGGACAGAUCAUCAAGAUCUACGGAGAUAAAGACUCAGACGGGUUCUACCACGGCGAGUUGAACGGUCGUCACGGUUACGUGCCGUGUAACAUGGUGUCCGAGAUUCAGGUGGAGGACGAGGAGACCAGAGAGACACUCCUGCAGCAGGGCUUCCUGUCUACUCACGCAAACAUGGAGAAGAUAGGCACUCGCACACAUGCACAGCUUCCGCGUCGCCCUGUCCCACCGCCGAAACCGAGACGAUCCAAGAAAGUUGAGUCUGCUGCACUGUGGGAGGAUAGCUUAGAAUCCUCCAGUCAAGAUCCCAGACAGUCUGGUGUUGCCAUGGCGAACCCAGCAGGUCCCGUUCCUCGCAGGAUGAAGGCCAUCUUUGACUACGACCCUCGAGAGAGUUCUCCCAACGCUGACAUUGAGGCUGAGCUGACCUUCAGUGCCGGGGACGUCAUUUAUGUGUUUGGUGACAUGGACGAUGAUGGCUUCUUCUAUGGCGACUUGAACGGACACAAAGGCCUGGUCCCGUCUAACUUCCUGCAGGCUAUCCCAGAGGCUCCUGGGAAAGUCCCACCUCCUGACCCUCAGCCGCCGCCGCCUCUAGCAGAGCCCAGGAGAGAAUUACAGGUGAGCCCAAGCACCUCUGUGGAGCAGACAACACCAAAGGAGGUUCCACACCCACCCCUACACACAGGGCUGACUGGCCCAGUCCGCACACAGCUCCACCACCUAGACCUGAAUCCAUCCGCAGCAGCAGCCAUGAUGGACCCCUCCUCCAUGGACCCUGGCCCAGGCGCGUACUACCCCAACCCAGCCCCAAGGCAAGCCGCCCCCAGUCUCAUCACCUCUCCACCCCACGUCCCAGCAGAAAGCCACUCACAAACAGACCAGACAGAUGCCUCCCCACCAGGCAAGAAAAAGAAAGGCUUCUUCUCCAAAGGGAAGAAGCUUUUCAAAAAGCUUGGAUCCAGCAAGAAGGAUUGAAACUUGGGACAUUUACCCCCCUUUGCCCGUUUUUAUUGAAAGCACUUUUACAUGUUUGUUAUCAGUCUUUGUUGUCUUAGUCUAUGUUAAUUCAGUUGCAGUAUUCUGUAACUACAGAUACACUAACUUUUCCUUGGCCGAUAUUAUACCGCUAAAUACACUGCUUCAAUGGGCUUUCUUGAUAAUACUACUAAACCAGCUGUCAAUAGAGAUCAAUAGUAAUGGCUUCUUUUUGUAGGCACUAACUCCACUAUGGUUCGUUGGACAAAAAAGCCUAUGAGGAAAUGAUUGUUUUUUAAAUGUUUUUGUAGGGUUUUUGGAUAAAUGUCGAAAAUAAGAU